AUGGAAAAUCGAUUCAAGCUACGAAUCUCUAGCAUGUUUCGAUCCUCGUUUGGUUCCUGCCGAACCCGGAACAUCUCGGACGUUAUUGAAAAAGCCGUUUUCUCACCUCAAAACCACAACAACUUCCACUUGAUCGAGUCAUCGUCGUCAUCGCCACCUAAGGCUCGACCCUUCCCUUCCAUUUGUAAACCCAGAUGCCCUGAAUCAACCCAAGGCCCCAUCAGUCAUGAUUGUAUCAUGAUUACUCCUAGAGAAACUCUCCCAAGACGUAAAGUGUCUGCUCGUUACCCUUCUUUUCUAGUCUCAGCCGCUGAUUUUGACGGCCGCCAGUGUCCUCCUACUUCCCCUAUAGCGCCUUUGAGCCUGUUCUCUGACUGCAAAGACUUUGGUUUCUAUGAGAGAAAGAAUAGCUUGGCCAGACAUAAGAAGACAAAAAUGAAGAAUAACAAAAAGGUUCAUGUUAAAAGCAAGAAUUUGUCUUCUGCUACCACAUUUUUCAGCUUACCUUCUCAAGAAAGUGCUACUUAUAAUAAUAAUAAUAAUAAUUAUAAUUAUAAUUACAGAAUGUGGUGGUUUAGCAGUGAAGAUGCAACCGAGACUAUUUUCUCUUCAAGGACUCCUUCGUCGGAUUCAUCUGAUUCUCGCCGGAAACAUUUUAAUUACAGGAAAACGUGCAACACUCGUCGGAGAAGAGCUAAGAACAGGAGUUAUGACAUGGGGGUUUUACCUUUGGAAGGAACCAAUAAAGUCAAAGACAGCUUUGCUGUGGUGAAAAGUUCUAGUGAUCCCUACAAUGAUUUCAGGACAUCAAUGAUGGAGAUGAUCGUUGAGAGACAGAUAUUUGCAGCUAAGGAUCUCGAGCAACUAUUGCAGUGUUUCCUGUCACUGAACUCUCAUCAUCAUCAUAGGAUUAUUGUUGAGGUUUUUACAGAGAUUUGGGGGACCUUAUUCUCUAAGUGGUUCUUAAGAAAUGUAGUAGUUUUAAUUAGAAAUUAG